AUGAAGUUCUUAGCCUUGGCCCUCCUGGGGACGGCGAGCGGCACCCUCGGUCCGCAUCUCCUCGGCGGCGCGGCGGAGUACCAUCGCGGCCUCGCGGAAGCGGACGUGAAGCUCCAGGACCUCGUCGCGCCGUUCGCCGGCCGCCCGACGAUCGCCGUGCGCGUCCACCACGACAACGACGACAAGACCCAUGAAGGAGUCGCGGAAGCCGUCGUCGCGGCGCUCCGCCAGGAAGGGUUGCCGCCGGAUCCGGCCGAGGCCGCGGCCCUCGUCGAUUCGACGGUGCCCCUCUCGAUCACGCUGCAGUUCGAGCACCUGGACGCGGAGGCCUGGCCCGCCGCCAUUUCUGAGCUCGUCGCUCCGUUUGGGGAGACGAGUACGCGCGCCGAAGUCGACGGCGGAUUGCUCGUCCACCUGUACAUCUCGUCCCCGGGCGCCGCCGCGCUGCCGUCGCACGAAGACGUCGGCGACGUCCUCGUCCUCCAGCUAAUCGGAGAGAAGGUGUGGACGGUCGGAGGUGACACGUUCGCGCUCGGGCCCGGCGACGCCCUCUCGGUCCCGUCCGGCGUGACGCACGCGGCCCGCGCGACGGCUGCCGGAUCGGUCCACCUCACGAUCCAUCGCAUCAGCCCCGAGCAGAUCGAGCGCCGGCGGCUCGCGUCGGGCGACGACUGCUACCCGGGCACGGACGCCUACUGCUCGUGCUCCUGCGACCAGUGCGAGUACUGCAACGACGCGGCCACCGUCUGCCGGGACGACGUGCCCCCCUUCUACAGCAAGAACAUCUGCUGCCUCAAUGGGGGCUACGUCUUCGAGACCGCGAGGCCCGGCGAGUGCGAGGAUCUCUCCGGCGGCGGCGACGACGACAAGCCUGACGACGCCGUGCUCUGCCCCGGGGUGAAACCGGGGACGAACCAGUUCUGCGACUGUAGCUUAGACUGUCGCGAAUACCGCGACAAGUACUGCUUCUGCGCGGAAGCGCGCGCCGAGUCCUGCUGCGGCAUCUCGCCCGCCUGUGUCGACGCGCCGGAGGACAAAUGGACCUAUGACGGCGGUUGGAAGGGCCAGCUCGGCUGCGCGCACAUCAGAAACAGCGAGGACAAGAAGGUCCGCGACAAGCGAUGUGCCCGCGUCGGGAAGAACGGCGCCACGGGCGCGGAGGCUUGCCCGAAGGCUUGCGGCCUUUGCAAGGGGGACAUCGUCUGCGCUGAUGACGCGGACUUCCGCUACUAUGCGGGAGACAAGGACUACGUCGGCUGCCCGCACGUCGCGGGGGGCACGGACAAGGAGAAGGAGAAGCGUUGCGAGCGCGAGAGCGACAACGGCGUCAAGGCGAAGGACGCGUGUCCUGUUGCCUGCGGCACCUGCGAACAGUGGAUCGAUAGGCGCAUGAACCUCUUCGCCGUCGAGGACGUCGACCCGGGCCCGGCCACCUCCUUCGCCAAGCUCCUCGGAGUCCUCGCACUCACCGCGGGGGUUCUACUCACUGCUUUCGCGGCAAAGAAGUACCCCCUCGCGGAACCGGCGGGGGCCGCGGCCCCGCUGCUGAAGAACGGCGUCUAG